AUGGCGAAGGAUGUGUCCUCCUUGACAUCAAUUGGUGGGCUAGCCUACUCAAUUCCCGAAUAUGCACACACUAUCAUUCUCCCGUCUCAACUGCUGCCUAAGCUCUCACGUUUCACUGAAGAUCUUAUCCCCACCACUGUGAUAGAAUGGUCGGGAACCAAGUUCGGUCCUGGUGAUCUGGAAGCGACCCGUGAGAGACUGAGCGCUGCAGAUGAUGUUUGGACAGGCAGCUUUCUGUCUUUGCUCAUUCUUCUCCUCCCAGCCCAUGGCAACAUUGAUUUCAGGAGCAAGCGCAUCGUAUGCUUGGAGAGGUCGAGGAUAGAGUUGACAGAGGGUCCAUAUGUUGUUUCUAGGGCGACUGGCCAUGUUUUUCCCGUCAUGAGGCUCUUUCCUGAUCCCAAUGAGGCAUUUAUAAGUGCCGUGUGCCGGAACUCAUGCUCUGAUUCUGCGUUCAAGGAGUCCGCGGCCCGGGAUGGCAUACCAGUGCCCUCGAGGCUGUAUUUCCAUAGAGACGGAAGGCCUCUAGCAGGCCUGAGGUUUGCGGUCAAAGAUACUAUCUCUGUCAAAGGAACAAGGACUGGCUACGGCAAUCAAGCCUGGCGCGAGAUUCAUGACCCUGAGAAGAAGACAGCUCCGUGCAUAAAAUUGCUUCUUCAAGCCGGCGCAGUUCUGGUAGGUAAGCUGAAGACCACUGAAUUUGCGGAGGGCUUAGACCCCAACGAAUGGAUUGAUGACGACUGUCCCUACAACCCCCGAGGUGAUGGGCGGCAGAAGCCGUCCUCUUCCAGCACUGGCAGUGCUGUUGCUGCGGCGGCAUAUGACUGGAUUGACUUCACGGUUGGCACCGAUACUGGAGGCUCUAUCCGUCAUCCAGCCGGCGUGAACGGGGUUUACGGGCAGCGUCCAUCUCACGGUCUAAUCAGUCUCGAAGGCGUCCUGGGAGCCACCGACCUCUUCAACACUAUUGGCAUAUUCGCACGACACGCGAGCAUUUUUGCCCGCGUGGGAGCGCACCUAGUUCACCCCACGAGAACAGCGUUCUGCACACCGAUAGAACCCAAGUACAACCUGCUAUACCCAACCAGGGCAGCUCAAGCAGCGGACAUGAACCCCACCCCCAGUGUGCAGCAUCGCUUGUUCCCGCACCCCUCGGCAGAUGUUUCUAGCUGGACCGAAGCCGAGAAACAGAUCGAGGCAGUUAUGAGAAAGCUGGAGAUCACACUCGACUGCGAAAGAAUACCCUUCAACCUCAAUGAGCUUUGGGAAGCGACCCCGCCAAUAGGUCAGCCUCGCUCACUUGACCAGGCAGCCGGCCAUAUCUAUUCGACCAUCACGACAGCGUCGGCAGUGCAUGGGUGCCUGGACGACUUCAUUCAUGACUAUUCAGCCAAAAAUGAUGGCCGCCCUCCCAGAAUCUCAGAGCUUGUCAGUCGGAGGCUGGAGCAUGGUCGAAGUGCGUCUGCGGAGAGAAUAUCUGAUGCAUUGAAGGCCAUGCAGUCUUUCAGGACAUGGACAGAGUCCACGAUCUUCGGAUCGUAUGACCAGAAUGCAACGACGCUUCUUAUAUUUCCUCAAUGCUAUGGGCGUCCAGAUUAUCGACAUGAGACCUCCGACAGAGCCGAACUCUUCAAUGACACAUUCAGCAUCUACUCAUUUGGAUACUUGGUCGGAUGCCCCGAUUACACGAUACCAGUUGCUGAAGUGCCUUACUUGUCCGCCGUUACCAACACGAUCGAAUACCUUCCGGUAUCAAUAAGUCUGAUAGGGCCACCUGGAUCUGAUUUGGAGCUCUUCAACGUCAUUGCGUCCUUGCACAAAGCCGGUGUGAUUCUUGAUGUUGCAGCAGGAAAGCAGUUGUUUCCUCAUGUCGGCAACAACAAUGGGUCUUUCGACUCAUAG